UCUUAAAUUGAUGAAACCAAAGUUUAUUAUUGCGGCAAAACCCGUCAAAAACCGCCACAUGGUUUGAUUGAUCAAGUCACCCUUUUAAUCAUACAUACCCACCCACAAUAUUCUCCCUUGCCAAAACCACCAUUCCCUACCACCUAGUAGUACCUUAACUGGUUACUCUCUCUUUUCUCUCUCUCUGGUUUUUGAAAUUUGAUUACAAACUCCAUCCAUGGUCAAACUCUUUUGAUCCUAUAAAAGUGGCUCGCCUUUGUCUUUGAUCUCCACAUUCAUAUCAUUCAUUAACCUUCUUCUUUCGUAUAGAUCUUCUUUUUUUUUUUAAAGAAAGGGUUAUUAUAGUUUUUAUUCCAGUUUCGUGCGUCGGUAUGAGCACUGUGGAGAGCAGCAAGCCGAAGAUCAUAACUGGUUCUUGUGGUUAUGUUCUUGAAGACGUUCCCCAUCUCUCCGAUUACCUUCCCGGUCUUCCUACUUAUCAUAAUCCAUUGCAAGACAAUCCAGCUUACUCUGUGGUUAAGCAAUACUUUGUUGAUGCUGAUGACACUGUCCCUCAGAAGAUCGUUGUUCACAAGGAUGGUCCAAGGGGCAUUCAUUUUAGACGAGCCGGGCCACGUCAAAAGGUCUACUUCGAAUCUGAUGAAGUCCAUGCUUGCAUUGUCACCUGUGGGGGUCUUUGUCCCGGCCUUAAUACCGUGAUUAGGGAAAUCGUGAGCAGUCUCUCUUACAUGUAUGGAGUGAAGAGAAUAUUGGGAAUAGAUGGUGGAUAUAGAGGCUUCUAUGCUAGGAAUACUGUCUCCUUGGACUCCAAAGUCGUUAAUGAUAUCCAUAAGCGAGGAGGGACCAUCCUUGGGACCUCACGAGGUGGUCAUGAUACUACAAAGAUCGUUGACAGCAUUCAAGACCGAGGAAUCAAUCAGGUUUACAUUAUAGGUGGAGAUGGAACACAGCGAGGCGCAUCCGUUAUAUUUGAGGAAGUUAGAAGACGUGGCUUGAAAGUUGCAGUUGUUGGAAUCCCAAAAACAAUCGAUAAUGACAUACCUGUGAUAGACAAAUCUUUUGGGUUUGACACAGCUGUAGAAGAAGCUCAACGAGCUAUCAACGCAGCACAUGUGGAAGCCGAGAGUAUAGAGAAUGGUAUCGGUGUUGUCAAGCUUAUGGGUCGCUACAGCGGGUUCAUAGCGAUGUACGCUACUCUUGCAAGCAGAGACGUGGACUGCUGUUUGAUUCCGGAGUCACCAUUUUACCUGGAAGGAGAAGGUGGACUGUUUGAGUACAUAGAGAAACGGCUCAAGGAGAGUGGGCACAUGGUGCUUGUGAUUGCAGAAGGUGCAGGGCAAGACCUUAUGUCAAAGAGCAUGGAGUCUAUGACUCUCAAAGAUGCUUCUGGUAACAAACUUCUUAACGAUGUUGGUCUUUGGCUGUCUCAAAGCAUCAAGGAUCAUUUUAAUCAGAAGAAGAUGGUGAUGAACCUUAAGUACAUUGAUCCAACGUACAUGAUUCGUGCUGUUCCUAGCAAUGCGUCAGACAAUGUUUAUUGUACUCUCCUGGCUCAGAGCGCAGUGCACGGUGCGAUGGCUGGAUACACUGGCUACGUCAGUGGUCUAGUGAAUGGAAGACAAACCUACAUUCCCUUCUACAGAAUAACGGAGAAACAGAACCAUGUGGUGAUCACAGACAGGAUGUGGGCGAGGCUGCUGUCUUCCACAAACCAGCCGAGUUUCUUGAGCCCCAAAGAUGUGUCUGAUGAUAAAGAGAAGCCCAUGUCGGCCCUCCUGGAUGAUGGCAACUGCAACGGGCCAGUCGAUGUGCCUCCUCCAGUCACCAAAGAGAUCACCAAGUGACACUUAGUCGAAGAACAUGAUGAUGAUGUCCUAUAUGUUUUAGGUAGUAGUUGAGCGAAAUAAUUGUGUGUUUACGGUUAUGUCUGUAGUUUUCAACUUCUCCAUGCUACUUCUAUCAAUCUUCUAUUAAUUAAUUGACAAUCUUUAAAAAUC